AUUGAUUCUGUAAGUUUUAAAUUAUCUGUUAAAAAUAUCCACAGAUAUACUGUAUAUAUAUAUAUAUGUCAGGGUGAUGUGGUCAUCGUCACAUCACCGUGACAUACGUAUAAAAAAAAUAAUGACCUUCAACGAUGCGAAAUUCCGUUGGACCUGGACAAAUUGCGUCCGAAGCGAAUGUCCUUACGGAUUACUCUAUACCUUAUGCUUUCUUUCCUUGAAUAAAUCCCGGCCCUUCGCAAGUUAAUCCCCAGUAGGAGAAAAUUUUUAUUUCGCCCAACAAAUCACCAGCAACCCUUUCAUGCGCGGGCAUAUAUUAGUGCCCGUGCUGGUGUUAGUUUAACCCCAUCUAAAUUCCACGAGUUUCUCGGAAUCUCGCCGAACAUGAUGUGAUUUAUUAGCGACAUCUUUCCUCCAAGAACUAGACUUAGAUUCGUGACCGGCAUUUUCGCAACUGCCAAAAAAUGGGUAGUCAUGGCAAACCAGCGACGGAGUCCAGGUACAGCUCCUCUCUCGGAGACCCGUAUGGCUGCGACAAUUUCGUCAGCGAGGCGAAUCAGCCUCCGCUGGAACCCUACGGAGACAACAAUGACCCUUUUGCCAUCAAAGCUCGGAUGGAAGCGAUGAAAAAUCGACCCCGACCAGGAACCGGAGAUGACCAAGCUGAGUACCAACCCCUAUGUGAGCCAAUUGAGGAUAUGGAAGAUUUUCCCAUGGAAAGUGGAACUCAAAAGUGCCUGGUUUCUUCCAUCACCAAGCAUGAAUCUGUCAUUGCAGCCGCUAGAAGUUUGGCACUCGUUUUAAUGACCCUGAUUGCUAUCUGUGCUUGUGCUGUUCUGGCAGCGGGUGUGGUUUGUCUCAUGCAAUACCGCUUCAACCUGUCGCUUUCGGUCGUCGAAAUCAUGGUCGCAAUUGCCUUGUUCAUCAUUGCUGGAUGCGGUUUUUAUUCAGCCUGGAGCGAACAGCCGACGUAUUUGUGGUGGAGUGUGGCUUCGAUGACCAUUUUAACUGCUGCUGUGUUGUCAGUCGGUGUCGGAAUGAUCACAUCCAGACAUAAACUCGAGUCUGAAGGUUUCGAGCAGGACUUCAAAGCCAGAGCUAGAUUAGCUUAUGUCGACGGAUCCGAGACUAAUAGAGCUUACAUAGACGCCAUUCAGGAGACGCUUCAGUGUUGCGGAGCCAAGUGA